AUGUUAUCACCACUGCUCGUUACUCUGGACCAAGCGCAGCGUAUUCUAGAUCACCAUCGUAAUGAAUCGAUGCCGAUCUCCUCAUUCGAGGAGGUAAAGGGCAGCGGAUACAGCGCAUUUACACCGACGACAACCUACGAAGUUGUCCUAUCCGACACCAGUGCGUACCUGCUCAAGGUAGCCAGAGCGCCCUCGAAUCUUGCCGGAAUAUACGCCCCAAACACACUCGCUGUGGAGCACACAUUCCUGCAGCAGCUGGCGCAGUACACCUCCAUUCCGCAACCGACGCCGCACGCGCUCGACACCUCGCUGGCGCUCCUCCCGCACCACUACCUGCUGCUCUCGCGGCCGCGCGGCCUGCCGCUCUCACACGUGCGGGCGCGGGGGCUGCUCAGCGAGCGGCAAGCGCUCAUGCUCCAGCUGCGCAUGGGCGCGUACCUCAAGCAGCUGCACGGGGUGCAGAACGACUGGUUUGGCCUGCCGGCGCAGGCGGGGGAUGCGCUUUACAGUUGGCAGGAGGCGUUCACGGGCCUACUUGAGGAUCUGCUAGAGGAGGCCCACAUGCGCGGCGUGGACGCGCCAUAUGCGGACGUGCGUGGGUUCCUCUCGCGCGCGAUCGGAUUCUUCCUCUUCGACGACUGCGAGGUACCGUCGCUCGUGUCGUUCACGGGAGACGAGGACGCUGUCUUGCUCGAUAUUGACCCGGAUGCGCCCGCGCAGGCAGACGAGGUCGUCAUCACGUCAUUCCUGUCGUUCUCGCAUGCGCUUUGGGGGGACCCUCUCUUGGAGACACUGUUCCUCAAUCCGAGCGCCGCACUUGUGGAAGGGUACGGUGGACCGCUAGUACUUUUUGCACGUCAGAAGACGAAGCGAAUCUGGUAUACGCUGUUUCUGGCCGUGGCAGUGCUUGUGCAGGCGAAGCGGGAGGAAAUGGCUGAUGAGGACAAGAGGGUUGUGUGGGCGAGAGAGACACUGGCGAAGUGUAUUGAGGAUCUGAAGGACGCACCAUGUUACUGA